UCGGACCACGCCCCGGCCGCGGCGUGCUCUCUGUGGGUCGCUCUGUGCACCAGGCUCUGCUAGGCUAGCACCACGGCUGCUACAUCCGGGCGCUCCGACUCGCUGUUUCCAAGCCCUGCGAAGAUGGCGACGUCAGGGAGGAGUGCGUUAUUAUCCUCCACCUCAGCCGGACCCAAGAGCUCACUGGAGAGCUCCAACCCGGAGGAGGAUGACGGACAGGAUCUCUGGUCCACCAUCCUGAGUGAGGUGUCAACCCAUUCAAGAUCGAAGCUACCGUCUGGGAAAAAUGUCCUGGUCAUGGGUGAGGUGGGAUCGGGGAAGACCACCUUGGUUGCAAAACUACAGGGGGUUGAAGAGUUCAUGAAAGGGCGUGGCCUGGAAUACCUCUACUUCAGUGUCCAUGACGACGACAUUGAUGAUCAAACUAGGUGUAAUGCCUGGGUGUUAGAUGGAGACCUUUACCACAAAGGUCUACAGGGAGUAGCCGUGCCAGUGGACUCCAUCAGCAACACGUUGCUGCUGAUAACGGUUGACAUGUCACGGCCGUGGAACGCCCUCGACUCUCUCCAGAAGUGGGCUGCCGUCGCUAGGGAACACGUCGACAAACUCCGGGUCGCCCCGGAAACGCUGCGGGAGCUGGAGCAAAGACUUGUAAAACAGUUCCAGGAGUACACAGAGCCCGGCAGUGGGGAGGAUGGUACCCCGCAGAGGAGGAGUGAUGAGGAGGAGAGUGUGCUGUUGCCGUUAGGAGACAACACACUCACACACAACCUGGGCAUUCCAGUGGUGGUGGUCUGCACCAAGUGUGACGCUAUCAGCACUUUGGAAAAGGAGCACGACUACAGAGAUGAACACUUGGACUUCAUCCAGUCCCACGUCAGGAGUUUUUGUCUGCAGUACGGUGCAUCUCUGGUUUACACGUCGGUGAAGGAGAUGAAGAACUUGGACAUCCUCUACAAAUAUCUGGUCCACAGACUCUACGGCUUUCCCUUCCACAGCCCCGCACAAGUGGUGGAAAGAGAUGCCGUCUUCAUUCCAUCAGGUUGGGACAAUGAGAAAAAGAUUGCCAUACUUCACGAGAACUUCCAGACAGUAAAAUCAGAAGACAGCUUUGAGGAAGUAGUAGUCAAACCACCAGUCAGAAAGAUUGUACACGAAAAGGAAAUCCAAGCAGAAGACGACCAAGUAUUCCUGGUAAAACUGCAGUCGCUGCUCGCCAAACAGCCGGCGGUGACAGCAGGGCGUCCUGUGGAUACUACGAGCAGAGCACCCACCGGUUCUCCCAGGACGAGUAAUCGCUCGGCAGCGGCCAACGUAGCAAACACCAUGCCACAGUCAGGUCAGACCAGUGAGGGUGUGUUGGCCAACUUCUUUAACAGUCUACUGACAAAGAAGGCAGGGACAGGGGGUCCCGGGACGCCGGGUGGUGGCAACAACACUCCAGGAACCGUACGCAAGUCAGGUUCCAAGCUGGGCCUGAGCGACGUACAGGCGGAACUCGACCGCAUAUCCAGCCGGGAGACGGACUCAGACUUACCCAAUGCCAACGACACCCCUGCCACCGACGGCCAGGACACAUGAAGACUAACACGUUUCACCCUGCUCUCCUCCUCCUCCCCCUCAGUCACCCUUCACCUCCCGUGUCUUUCCUCCCUCCAGCCUCAGCACCUUCUCCAUUACAAAGUUGUGGCGGAGAAGAAGGGAAGUAGGGGAUUCGGAGGGAUGGGCACAUCGGGUUUUUUCUCCCCCAUCCUCUUUCACUUUCUCCUCAAGAUGAAGACCUCACCCUCUCUUCUGCAUCUUCCUACGCACCUCAUUCUCCUUCCCCUCCCUAUUUCUCUUCUCUUCUCUUCCUGGCUGUUAAACUGAGGGCGAGUAUUUGUUACUGUUACGACUGUCUGUUACAUGAGAGUGAAUGGCUAUGGGGGACCAAUGGGAUGGUGGUGUGGAGGUUGGGAUGGGAAGAAGUGAGGGGCGGGCUGGACAAGAUUGAUUGCAAGAAUGAAAGCAAUUUAUCCAUCCAUUUAUUGUGAUGGUACAGUUAGUGUUUUUACUGUAGGAACUGCUGAAGAGCGCAUGUUGAAGAAACUGCACUUAGGUACUAUAGGGAUGAUUGUGUGGUUGUGUGUAUCAUGUGUGUGGGGCAGUCACGCUUGGCCAGAGGAAGAGAUUGAGAACUAAAAAAUAUGCCUGUAACAAAAUUGCAAACAGUCUUUUUGUUUUUUAGAUGAAGGGACAAACAUACCAGUAUUUGUGUGUGUGUGCUUGUGUGAGUGAAUGAGAGAAUGAAUGAAGCGUAUUAAGAAAGUUAAGUUACUUCAACCUAGACCUGUAUUUUUUGGCUGUUUGCAUUUCAACAAAGAGGCAAAAAAAAAAAAAAAACUUCAUGACUAUGCUCUUACACUACAGCCUCUUAAAAACAGUGCACACUCUAUUAUUACAGCAGCCAUGUCUGUUGGACUACACAAACCAAACCUGACAAAUAAAAUAUACCACAAAAUCAAAGUUCACCCUGGAGCACUCGUCCUGUGUAGACGGCACCAAAGGUCCAUCAUGGCACCCAGUUCUACGAUUGGUCAAACUUCCCCUCUUGGUAAAUGUACUGCUCAAACCUGUAGAUAACGGACGGUGCACUGAAUAGAUUAGGUGGGUGGGUGGGUAGCUGAGCUUUAUUUGUACAUAAAGAAGCACUAGUGAUUCAGUUCCAUAGUUACUGGGGGCAGGUUUGUGGGUGGGCAAAAGGGGGUCAGAACACAGGAGGGUCACAUUAAGAAUGUACAGUCAUUGUCUCGCUGAUUGGUCCUGUUAUUUCAGAGCUCUGUGUUGGCGUUUGUAUAAUCAGAUCUGUUAACCAGUCAAAUAAAAAGGUGUAUUUAUUCGGAUUCAUCCA